AUUCACUAUAUCUGCUCUACUACAGUACACAGAACAUGGAAGUGCAAUUAUUUUAGUAAAAUAUAAACUGCUAGAUACCUUUUCUCAUCAGCAGUUGGAGCAGUCUUACACUGGUUGCAGCUUGUAGAAGGAGUUUUUAUUCUCCUGUAGGAGGAUGCAGGACCUCUGUCUGGAGAGUGCUGAUUGGUCAUGGGCUGAUCACAUGCACUCUCCCAAGGAAAAAAAAAACUCUAGCAAUACACACAAACCUGAGCAUGUGCAGCUUGCCCCCGAGCCUCUGUUCUAUCAGGAGAUAUUUAGGAGACACUGGAAGAAGGGGAGGAUCAGAGAAGGCAGGAUCAAACAUCCUUUUUACACAAUGUGGAGGAUUAACCCCUUAGGUUCCACAGUGUGUAUAACAAGCAUG